UGAUGAAACGACAUUGUUUUAGUGCUUUACAAAUUUGUGUUGCUGAUGUGUCAAGCAAAAUCUCAAGAACCAAUUAAAAUUGUACAACACAUCAUCUUAUCAGCACUUUCCCCACCUCACUUUUGUACAACCAAAGUGACCUGUGCAAUGAGCACCUGUUCUGCGCUCUUCCGGGAACAAUCAUAGCACACCAACAGCGGAGCGACAGAUGAGGAGUUUCGCCGAAAUCCUAUCGACUUCCCAAUUUGCUGAAACCUAAACUUCCUCAGAACACCAAUUUGAAACCCAAUCUGUCAGUUUAACCCUAACCCCAAAUAGAAACCCAUCGCCAUUUAUAGUACAAAGGUGAAGACAAUCCAUCACCAUCGCCGGUCACCACUCGUUCUUUGGAGCCAUGUUUUGAUGACAAUUGUUCGCCAUUUAGGUACGAAGGUGAAGACCCAUCACCAUCGCCGGUCGCCACUCGCUAUUGGGAGCCAUGCUUUGAUCACAGUUGCUACCUCCAAAUAAAUGACACCAACGAGCAGUUCAUUGAUCAGAACCUGGAGUACCGCUUCCCAUCCUCGUUGAUUUCUUCCAAAUAGGGGUGCCUUUUGUUGCCUCCCACAUGCCCGAAAAACUCCUCAACAGAGAAGCCAUGUUUUAUAGCCUUCUUGACUACGUUCGGCUUGCAAAGUGAGUAAGAGACUCACCAAAUCCAAUUGCAAAAUUCCCAUCCUCGUUUACUCCUCAACAGGCCGUUUCGAUGGUAACAGACUCACCAAGCCCAAUUGUAAAAUUCUCAAUUAAUGGCCAAACCCAUAUUAUAAAUAAAACUACCCGCUGCAACAGACGUCACGUCGGAGGGUCUUGUCGUUGUCGAAACACCAUCACAAUAUUCUCAUAGCUAUUUGCUACUUGGUGAUAUUCCAGCCAUAACUGAAGCAACGGUGUCUUGGUCGAGUUUAGGGUGAGAGUACGGCAUCGAAGAUGGAGACGCGCGCUGCCGGCAAGUUCAUAGUGGUGGCGGCGGUGGUGGUGGCGACAGCAGGUUCACAGCGGUGAUGAGGUUGCGACGGCUAUAUUGAGAGAGAGAGAAUGUGGCUGAGGGGCGGUGGUGAAAUUCAGAUAGGGUUUGGUUUUAAUUAGGAAAUUUUUUUAUUUAUUUUUUUUAUUUUUCAAUUUUAAUUUUAUACCUUUAAUAGUAUCUUUAAUAGUAUAAGGGUAACUUUGUCAUUUUAAAGAUAUUUUAAAGAUAUAUUGCUGGCAUGUGUGCAUCACGCGCCUAAUUGGCCAGAGAAAUCAAACCGAACUUCAUCGAUGGGUACGUUUUUACAAAAAAAAAAUUAAUAGUUGAGGGAAUUAAUUAUAAAAAAAAUAGUUUAAGAGUUUUUAGGGAGAGAGAGUGAAGUUAAGCGGUUUUUUUUUUACACUUUACCCUAUAUUCUACUAACAUAACUUCAAAAAAAAUAAAAAAAUGUACUUGAGGAGAGAGAAAAAUAAAAACAGAUCCCAACUCCAUCACUUUCUCUACCUAGAAAAUCACCGAUGUCACCCAAGGCAGAGAGGAAGCCUGCGCUGCCGCCGGAGGCGAGAAAAAGAAGAAGAGGUCGGAGAAGAGCAUGGAGACCUACAAGAUCUACAUCUUUAAGGUCCUGAGGGGACAGAGGCGGUGACCAAGUUUAUCAGCUCUUGAAGGUUGCAACCAUGAAAAGGCACGCACUUACUCUUACUGAAUUUGAUCAACACUUGCAGUUCUCCUUCUGUCGUUCUUGCGAAGCCCACAUUGCCUUACAAUCAGAUUUUGCAGGCGCUGACGCCACAUACAGUAAAGCCAUUUUCCUAGACGCUGUCAAUGUUGUAAUCGAUGGCCCAAACCGUCAUCGUAUGGAAGGUACUAACAAAGUAGCUGAUGUUCACUGUACUAGAUGCAAUACCCUUCUGGGCUCACAAUAUAUUGAAGUUGGAAACAGCGAAGGACGUGUCAGAGCAGGAAGAUUUGGACUGUUUUUCAACAAGCUCCGUUUCUGGAAUGGAAGCGCCCCUCUGGCUUGGCAAUAAUUCAACCAGUUUCAAAUACACGGAUUGGUCACUGCACAGAGUGACAGGACAUCAAUUUGAAGGGCUUCAUUGAAAUAUAUUUGUCCAAUUUUUUUUUUCUUGAAGUUAGAAGUGAAAAAUUCUUCUUGUUAAUUUGGGAUAUGCAAGUGUUUUUAGUUGAGGAAUUCAAAUCAGAAGGAACAUAAUUUGAAUAUGCAUUUUGAAGCUGCUAUAAUAAGAAUCCUGUAAUCUGCUUAUGCUGUAAUAGUACUUGUAUAUCUUAGUUGCUUUAAAAUUUUCUUAUUACAAGUAUUUUUUUACUUCCC